UUAAUGCUUCUUAAUAAGUUUUUUGUUCGCAUCUGCUAAAUUCUGGUAUAAAAGGAGGAUCAGGUACUUCAGAUGUACAAAACCUAGUUUGUGCGUCGUCAACGAGAGAGGGAACAGAUAGAAAAAGAAAAGAAAAAAUCACCCAGAUAUGGAGGAGUCUUGGUUGUUUCAAUAUUCAAAUAAUCCAGAAUUAUCAAGGUUUGGAUCCGCGGAGCAGUUUUCCGGUAGCUGUGAGUGGGAUGAGCUUCUUCUCAACUUCAAUAACCCUGAUGAAACGGUUUGGUCGGAUUUGUUGGGUGAUGUAGAAGAAAGGCGUAAAGCAUCAUCAGAGUCUAAUAACACCUCCAUCGAUGGCGGCGUAAAGGAGGAAGAGGUUUGCUCAGAGGAACCCAAGAAAGUGAAGAGUUAUAGAGGGGUGAGAAAAAGGCCAUGGGGUAAAUUUGCAGCUGAGAUUAGGGAUUCAACCAGAAAUGGUGCCAGGGUUUGGCUUGGAACAUUCGACAGUGCCGAAGCAGCUGCUUUAGCAUACGACCAAGCCGCAUUCUCAAUGAGAGGUCCAUUGGCUACUCUCAAUUUCCCCAUCGAAACCGUCAAGGAAUCCCUUCAGGAACUCAAGCAUCGAUGUGAUGAAGACAAGGGUUGCUCGCCUUUGGUGGCUCUCAAGAAGCGCUACUCCUUGAGGAAAAGAUCCAAGAACAAGAAAAUCAAGCCGAACGCCGCCGCAUUAAGGCAACAACAAAACUUGCUGGUUUUUGAGGAUUUAGGACCUGAUUUCUUGGAACAAUUGUUAAGCUCAUGUGAGUAA